AUGAGUUGGCUGUCUUUAAUUUGUUUUACAUCUAUUAUGCCAUUUCUGGUGAUUUGGGCCUCACCUCCGCAAUGGGACCGCCUGGCGUUGGAAAUGGCCGCGGAAAAGAACAUUACCACUGAGUGGCGCAUCCAGGAGGCAUGGAAGGCAACCAUUGCAUCGGAUACACAACUACAUGAGUACUACAAUGAAAUGAAAAACACAGAGAAGGAGAAGGCCGAACGCGUUUUGAGACAUGCCUACGAUGAGGUGAACAGGUGUGUGUACGAGUUCUACAUGGGAUGGCCGAUGGAGAGGUUCACCGAUUGCAUGAGGCAUGCCACCAGCAUUCACCUGACCAGGUUGAAGAACAUCCGGAAAGCUACCGACUACUUAGCCAAGCGGGCGGCUAGCGGAGCGAGCAGACUUAAAAUCUGGCACUGAAUUGGAAGGCUAUGGAAUUGGCUCCUGGUUUCGGUUUCCCCAAUCGCUGGCGGGCGACAAGUCUGUUUUCUUUGUGCCCUCGCCCCUGUACUACUGUGGCCUGUACUACUUUAAUUAGACAGUCAACUCGGGA